GUCAUUAUUAAAGAAAUGCGCGCGUUUGUUUAUUUCCUCUCGGUCUUGUGUAAGAACAUUUAGCUCUCGUGCAACUUGCGAACGUAGGCGCGAGGACCAGACCGGUUGCUAUAGGCAACCUGGCUUCUCUUCUGUAAAACAGUAGGAGACAGUAGGCUUCCUUCUCUUUGAAAAGUUCUUCAGUGUUGUACUACUUUUGACUAUAAACUUUUGGGCAUUUAAGCGAAUAAAAACAGCGCAGAGAUAGGCACUAUACUGUAAUAUAGCCUAUUGUGAUUUCCUUCAGCUUUGGUGUGGAAAAAAGUUAAAACUUUCAAUCAGGAUGUCCAUGGCGGAUUCUUUACGGCUCCCAGCCAUUCAACAUCCUCUUUCAAGACUCGGAGAUCCAGAGCUCAUCUCCCUCCGAGGUUAUUCAGCAGACUGCAGCAGAGAUUACAAAUGCUGGAUGCCCAAGAGAGGAAUCAGACCUCAAUAUCCAGGCACAGAGAGUCUGGAUUCUGCGUUCCGCAGUCAAAGCAGCAGAAGUGAUAUCAGCUCUGUGAUGGAGAAACGAAAAAGAGGAGGAUUGGAUAUUCCAGACGAGAUCCCCGAGGGAGAGGAGGUUAUGGAUAACCCCAAACUACCCAUCUCUCAUCACAAAAUGGCAUCUGACCAUCGCUCGUUAAGUAGGGUUUCUCAUACGACUUACUCCAGCACUGAAGCAGGGAUGGCAGAUCAAACUGAUCAGUUGGAGGAUGUGAUUAAAGAGCGUAUUCAAACCACAGGGGCUUUCACCCUCAAAAUGCUGUUUAAGAACAGCCACCCUGAUGGCAAACCUCUGGUCAACAGGUCUGCUUUACUUGAGAUUCUCACGAAGUUCUUAAGGCGCCAUGUGACAGCUAAACAACUGAAAGACCUUUUACUACGUCUGCACCUCUCUGAUAGGGCUCUUAUCAGUUUUGAGGAUUUUUAUGGUGCACUAAGAGACCCAGAGCCCAAUAAAAGCAACCCAGGUGGUUCAAUCACCAUCCCUCAGAUACUAGCCCUGCUCAGAGGUCCCGCACGAAGCAGGUUUCUGGAAAGUAUGGAGGGAUUGUGUAAGUCCGACACUGAAAGCUGGAUUUCUGCACCCGAGUUUCGAAAUAUACUCAAUAAACUUAAACUUCAUCUGAAAGAUCCUGAGUUUGAAAAAUUAUGGAAAAGGUUAGAUGUGGAUGGAUUCGGAGCAGUUAAACAGACUAUUUUACUGAAAAAAUUGGGAUUGAGCAGAAGAACUGAAGCAAACAAUGAAAGAAACAACCACGUCAUUACAGCUAAAGCUGAGGACAUGAAAUCAUCUUCUGGUAGGACACUCUCUAAGGCAGAAGAGGAACGUCACACAUCCAUCGCCAUAGAGAUAUGGCUGAAGGACAAAUUCAGGGAGGGAGCUCAGAGCAUGAAAGAUGAGUUUGAAAAACUGGAUGCUGAAAAUAGUGGAAAGGUGAAAGGAGAAGACUUUCUACAGGUCCUGAGGAAGUUUGAUCUUCACCUGAGGAGGGAGCACCUUGGCCUGUUCUUGUCUCGCUGUGGUCUGAAACUUAAGAAGGGUUGUGUGCAGUACUUAAACUUCCUUCGUACUUUCCAAGACAGAAGUUCAGAUGGAAUAACACACAAGAUCAUCUCUAACCCAAAACACCGGUUUCAUUUUGAUGAGAACAUCAGUUGUGUUUCCACUCUAAGUGCCAUAGAAGCCAAAUUAACUCGAUUGUUUCAGUCCGAGUACCUUUCCCUCCUUCAGACCUUUCAGAAAAUUGAUAAGUUCAAUAAAGGAAUUAUUACUCAGGAGGAAUUCAGAGCCGCGUUUGAGAGCAGGUUUGGCCUGGAGAUUUCCGAACCUCAGUUUGAGCAGCUGUUGGACAGGCUUCCUCUUGACCAUCGCGGAAAUGUGCAGUACCCGAUCUUCAUGGCAACCUUUGACACCAGGAAAGGAGUUCCCAGUCUUUUCCAGCCAGUUGCUCAGCCUGCCGCUAAUGAUUCAGAUGAGGAGAAGGGCUUAGUGGAACAAAAUCGAAGUGACCUUGAGUUGUUUAGGCUGGUAAGGAGUGUGGUGGCAAGCCGUUACAAAGAUUUACUGAGAGAGUUUGAAGAGCUGGAUGAGAAGAACACCAGGCGUCUCACACAAGAAGAUAUGUACCGGUUACUUAAAAGCGGGCCUAAAAGGAGUCGUGGUCUGAAUGGGGGGCAUCGCGAGUGGAUUUGCAUAAUCUGUGGCGUGGCACUGGUGCACGGAGACAGAGAGACGGUGCCAACCGGUCCAAGGUUAGAGCUACAUCCCGAAGUCACUCGCGGAGAGGUUAGGAAGUUAUGGUCCUCGUUGUUCACGCAGCAGGACGGAACUGUGGACUUUCAACAGUUUAUUCGUCAUUUUGGACCGUCGCCCAAAUCUUGCUGUUUCCCUAAUGCCAAGCACAAUCCCCCCAAACGUGGAGAUAAUGACUUCAUGCGCCUCUCCAAAACACUCAACUGUGUUUCAGAUAUACUUGUGGAUUCUUUACGGGCCAAGGUGGAGUUGUGUGUUUCUGAUCUCUGGACUGAGUUUUCCGAAAUGGAUUUUUCUGGAACCGGUUUUGUGAGAAGCGAGGAAUUCAAAGAGAUCCUUAUGAAUCUCUGUGUUCUGCUCAGCCAGUAUGAGUGCGAUUUAUUGGCCAAGAAGUUUGACAUUAACCACGAUGGCAGAGUAUCCUAUGUAGAGUUCCUCAAGCCUUUCCUAUCCCAGAGUCAAACGUGGAAGCAUGGAUCCAACAUGGCAGCUGCUCUGCAGUCUCCCAGAGAAACUAAAGAAAUUUCCACACCAGGAACAUUAAGCCGCAGGAUCAGGCGCAGGCUCCAACGUAAGCACAAGGCCCUGCGGAGGGCCUGUGGCCGACUGGACAGCUCCGACACUGGGCUUCUGUCUGCGGCCGAGCUGGGUGCUGCACUUCAGCUGUGUGGAGUUUGUGACAGUCAGGAAGAGCUGAGAUCUGUGUUCUCCACCCUUCACGCUCACCCCUCUGGACUACUGGACUACCGCCCGCUCUUAAUAGACAAACACAGGACCUCCAGUCACAGCCAGCAAACCAAACAGCAGCUCAGCCAAAAGAGUCAAUAGGUCAGAGUUUCAAAGCAAAUUAUGGCUACAUUGACAUAAUCCACUCAAGGAUGAAGCCCAAGGAACCCAAGAUUGUCUUCCUUUCAGCCUCACCACAAUGGAGCAACCCCCUGCCAAACUACCAAGAAGUCCCCCGCUUUCUGCAGAAUCCCUCUCUCUUCCUUUUUCUUUCCUUGGUGCCAUACAACUUACUUAAAAAAGAAAGACUUGAAGGCGGUGAGCUAAAUACAAGCUUUGAAAGGGAGGGUCCCGUGCUUAAGUCGCUAUCUGGAGAGAAUUACUCCUGUCUGGUACCAAUCAUAAUACUUCAGGAAGUGCAAUCACCUUUAUUUUCUCUCUCCACACGUCUUACAAUACAGUACCUGCACUAAUACUGUAGUAGUAUCCAUGAUGAUUUUAAUAAUGUUGGUUUCUGGGCGUAUUUAGGGUGUCAAAAGAGGCAAGACGGGGGAGGAAAGGGGUGUGACUCACUUCUUCUGUGCCAUUGUAGAGCCCAAAGAAAGUAAAACCCUCUACAGUUAGGAAGGGAGGGACACAAGUGCCAACAUCUCAGAAAUAAUCAGGGUCAUGGCUGACUGGAACUUGGUAAAAUUAUAUGGAAUGAGAGAAAGUUCUUUUAUUUUCCACCAUGGUGGCCAUUUCUUCCAUAAGUUAAUCCUGAUCACACUGAACAACUGUCUGUCUGAUUUGCUUAA